AUGACUUUUGAACCAGCUUUGAGUAUUUUAUUUUUUCAUUUCUUCCUCUUCCUUGCAUCAGAGGGCAGUGAUGUUGAGCUUACCACUGGUCUCCAUUUUUCUUCCGCGAAUGCUCCAAGCACCUCAAAUAACCAUGGUAAGGACCCUCCUGAACUGGAUAAAGUUCUUGCAUCCUUGGCUGACGUUAAAGCAGUAACCAAACCAUCAAAAGAUGCUGAUCUUCCUGUUGAUGUUCUGUUACUUACAGUUACAAACUGUGAGUUCUUAGCUUGUUACAGUGAGCUAAAAAACCCCUACAAAUGUUGGUUUGAUGAUCUUGGCUAUGUUUACUUUUCUGAUGUGGGUGAAAGUCAAGAGGAGCUGAAAGUUGCUUUACUAAGAUGUUACAGAAAUGGUAUUGGUCCUGGUGGUGCUCUUGUAUCUGUAAAGAAUACUGCCUCUCUGCUACAUCCCAAAGCAGUCAUUUCAGUAGGAACAUGUAGUGGCCUCAACCCUGCAAAGUCCAAGUUAGGAGAUGUUGUUGUGUCUGCCAAAUUAGCAACAUAUGCAUCAAAGGCAGUGACCAGCAAUCAAGAGCGGUCAACUGGCAUGAGAAGUUAUGUGAGCAAACGCUUCCUGGAUGUCAUUAAGAAUUGUGCUGAUGGCUGGCAAGCACCUUUGAAGAACGUUGAAGCUCAGCAAGUUCAAGUUUAUACUGAUGCUGAGUUUUUGAGUGGACCGGAACAAGUCAGAGCUGAAUGGCGGCAUGAUCAACUUGCUGAAACCAAUCCUCAGGCUAUGGCAAUCGAAAAUGAAGGAGAAGGUGAGCAGACUUUUUAGCCAGCCUUAGGAAGUGUAGGCAGCCUUAGGAAGUGUAUGCAGUCCGGUCUCUUUUGACUCUAUAGAUGUGCUGGUUGCUUUUGAUUCAGUGUUAAUUUCAAGGCAUUGCAUUGAUUGUUUGCUUGUUUGAGCUUAAUAUUAUCAUAAUUUUUUGCUGAAAUGAUGGGCCUGCUCCCAAUUAAUAUUUUAUGGGUCAUCAUUGCUCAGUUGUUAGAGCACUGUCAUGCAAACACGGAGGCCAUGGGUUCAAAUUCCCUUGAACCCUCUCCCCCUUAAUUUUUUUUCAGGUUAAUUUGCAAUCAUUGCUUAGAUUGCUGUUACAAUUGUUACAACAAUUAUAUCUGCAAAUUAUACCCAUUGACAAAAGAUAGGUGUGGGAAAGGUGCCUGGUGAAACUGAAGGGGGGGGGGGGGGGGAAAACAAAUCAAAAAAGAACCAAAAAAACCCCGAGGGGGGGGCCGGAGCGGCCACUGCCCACCGGAACCCUUCGGUGGAAAAAGGUGAAGAAAAUCCCAAAAAAAAACAAAAAGGGAAGGAAGGGGGGCGAAAAAAAAACAAAAAAACAUAGCAGAAACGAGAAGAGCCAAGUAUAUAAUUCUCUAACACCCCCUUCCCCACUUUUUUUUUAUUAAUAUUUAUUUAAUUUAUUUAAUAUUUCUUUGUUGUAAUCAAAAAAAAAAAUUAAUAUUCAAAAAUAAACAAAAAAAAAAAAAGGUGUGGGAGAAGAGCUACGGGAGCAGGGGGGGGGGGGGGGGGGGGGGCAAGCACAUCUAGAAAGUAGCCAUGACAACCCUAUGAGUGGGACCGAGCAGGCACUGUCACACUGAGACCUUCAGUGGAGAAAUGUGCAGAUACUUACCAAAACAUAUCCAAAGGGAAGGAAGGACUGCGAACAUAAAAUGCAAAAGCAACAUAGCAACAUGAGCAAAAUGAUUGACUAUAGGGAAAGUACUGUAAAAUAAUGCUAAAGCCCAAGACUGCCCCAUAUUCGAUUGGUGGUGGAGACCGCUGUAUGGCGUACAUUUGCGGACAAAAAUAAUUGAAAAUAAAAUACAAUUUGAAGUUCAAAAAUUAGACUAUCCAUGUCAAAAUCUCGUCAUAUGAAUUUGAAAUCGUAAUGAAUGGAGUCGAAAUAGCGUCAUUCGAACUUGAAGUUACUUUGAACAAGUUGAAACCGUAAAGGGAAAACUCGACAUCGUUGAUGUUGAAGUUCAAAUCACCAUUCCAACUAGAAUGCAAAUUACAUGAUUUGAACUUCAAUUCACCUUCUCCACUCUAAUAAGCCACUUAAUCGUCAACAAUGCAACCUUUCACAAAAUUCCAAAUGGAACCUUUAAUUUGAACUUAAAGUCACGUCACAUAUUCGAAUUCCAAAAAACAAAAUUUCAAUUCCAAAGGAAGCGGAAGUAAAAAUACACAAGAACCGAGUAACGACUAGGUACGACAGUGAUAAAAGUGUUGACAAGCCUACACGACUCCUGCAGUUCGCGGAUGAAUAAAUUCUAAUGAAGCCUUCAUAGCUUAGCUUUAACUAGGAUGUCCUUAAGGGAUUUUCCCUUACGAUAUGAGAUGAUGGGGGGCUCCUUAAAGAUUUCUCUCAGUUGCGGAUGAUUUUCUCUAAGGUGCCAUGGAUAGUCUCAGUGGGGAAGGUGCAUGGUGAAACUGAAAGGAGCCGCAAGUGAGCCUGGAAGGUAACCAUGACAACCCUGUGAGUGGCACCCACCCAAACCAAUCUACAGGUGCUUGAAGAAAAAAAAGGGGACAGCGAACAGGGGAGUCACAGGACAUGGUUUCCCCUUUUUUCCCGUUUUCCCUUGCAAUAAAAACUAAAGAAAAGCAGUUUACUACUGAAGAUGAAUAGAAGUCCUAAUACCUGCCUGAAGCAUGUCCGCCAGAGAAAAUUAAAGUGCAAGCCUGCCAUAACCUCAAUGCAAACUGACACAACUGGGAAGGAGGCAGUACAGUUCACAUCCUCUACAUUCUUCAUCUGUCUUCCAAUUUUUUUUUUUUUUAUAGAAAGUUAGGCAAAAUAAUGUAAGCUAUAUUGAUGUAGGACUGUCUUCAACAUUAACUCAAGUGCCAUUUUCUUUGUUGCUCUAUAGGAGUGUUUACAGCAGCAUUUGACUGUCAAAUUGAGUGGUUAAUUGUAAAAGGGAUAGCUGAUUACGCAGAUGGUUGUCAGUUGCCUUCAGAGAGUUGGUCCUCCUGUGCCAGUGUGAUGGCAGCAUCUCUUGUUGCACACAUUUUGAGUGAGCCCUGUGUUUUUCAUUCAUGGCCUCAUUACCAAGGUAAAUAUUUCUCGUAAUGUUAUGUCCCUUUUUGGCAUGUUGUUUUACGGAAACUUAAGGGGUGCAUUACAGUGUACUUCCUUUAUGCCAUAGUAAGCUCAACACUGCAUUGUGGGAUAGGUGCCACACAUGACAUCUUUUUCUCUUUAUAACAGCUUUCUAAUUAGAUUUAAUCAUAUCGGUGUCGAUAUCACAGUAAGACUACUGUAACCGGGGCCACUUAGACAAAGUUGGCCAAUCACAUUACAGGAAAAUAACAAUACAUUCCUAAGAAAGUUGGUUGUGGGCCAAUCAGCAGCUUGCAAAAAACAAUAAUUUAUUUGAAGCACAAAAUUUAAAUAUUGAGAGCAAACGUUUUGAAAAACGCAAAAUGUUUCACCAGACAAUGUUUUAUUAUUCAAAACUUUACGUACUGUACAUCUACAACACCAAGGAGACAUACUUGUUUGACACAAGCUGAUAUUUUGUCAUCUACGAGACACUUCUUUGCUAGUAUCGCUUUGCAAUGACUUUCGACCUCAAGUCAAAAUUAUAACUGUUUACAUUUUUCGCCUCCUUCACACACUUGAUUGGACUUCUCAGGAAACACAGGCUUUCUUCAGCGGGUUCGAAAGGUUACGUCUGUUGGUUGUGAUUUGUUGAUUUUGAUCCAUGCUGUUUAUUUCAUUUUGUAGUAAUUAUGAUUGACAACUAACUUUCUCGGAAUGUAUUGUUAUUUUCCUGUAAUCCGAUUGGUCAGCUUGGUCCAGGUAGCCCCGGUUAUAAUAGUCGUAUUGUAAUUAUUAUGGUUUCUUUAAGGAACCUGCAAACGGUAAGAACAUUGAAGAAAUCUCUUGUUAUUUUAAACCAAAAAGAGAUUGAAGUAAAAUCAUGGAACAGCAAAAAAGUUUUGGAUUUUGUUGUGAAAUAGGGUUUAGAUUAGAAGAACCUUCUAAGGUUUAACAUUACCACCACCAAGUGUUCUUAGCUGAUGAGUCUGUUUUUUCCAGCAGUCGUAUUGAGCUGACCACAUAGCUAUAUUUUCUUUUUUAGUGUUAAAACUACACCUGUCUGAUAGGCACUGCUGACUUUAUUAGUAGCCGUUAAUUCUAGUAGAUUUCUUGAAUGUAAGUGAGAGAUCUCUUUAUGUUACAGAUAUAUCAGAGCAGAGCUCAGCCAGCAGAUCAAAGGAACAAUUACCAAGUUCCUCAGGUGCCGAUAUUUAGGCCCUGUCCAAACAAAUCCGGAUAUUUUUGAAACGACAUAUUUUUCUACUUGAAUAGGCCGCGGAUGAAUGAUCGGAUUCACUGGUUUAGCGUUGAGGGAAGGCCAUUUUGUGAGAAAGGAAAUGUGCGGUUUCAGAAAUAUCCAGAUUCAUGUAGACGGAGGCCUUAAUGUUUAAUGUUACAUUGUACAUGUAAUGAAUACAAUAAAUUAUGUUACGAUAAGAUACAUUUCCUUUCAUUUUCCUUUGCUCUUGGAUGUUUCCCUCUUGUUUCUUGUUUUCUUGUUUUCUUUCUCUUUUUUCUCUUGAUUUUGGUUUUAAUUUUUUUGUUUUGGUAAUUUCUUAUCUUGGUUAAUGUUUUGGGAACUCUCGUAUCAGGGUUGUUGCGUAUUUUAGCUAAUAAUUAGGCAAAAAUUUUUCGUCCUUAAUGGGGGCGAUAAUUCGAAAGGGGGCACUUACAUACAUUUGAAGGAGGGUGUUAAUUCAACGUUUACGGUACAUGUCUGCCAUUUGAUUCAAAAAGACCCGCUUCCCUCUCCUCUGUUAAAUACUCUUGUCUAAUUAGCUGCUAUUUGCACUCUGUUCCUUAGCUUAAUUGUGAAAUGGAUAAGGUUUUCCCACCCAAGUCUGAGCAACAGAUUUAUAGUACAAAACAACAACACAGCCUCUAAAGCCAGAUUUAGCGUCAAUGAGCGAGUUCCAACAAUCAUGACCUUUUGAUAUUUAAUACUAAAUUAGAAGGGGAGGCCAGUACAAUGUAAACUAACGAUAGUAUAAAAGUUUUGAAAUCUACAUCUAUAUCUCAAAAAUUGUUGAACAAGUCAGCCUUGCAACAGAAGGUUGUUAAGAAAACCGCUGGACAGGUGUAAAACUUGGUAAUAAGCUUAACGCAUGCAGAAUCAUGCGUUUUGCUGCAGUGUUACCCUGCUUAGGCCCUGUUUUCAAUUCUUGAAAGAACAUAUCCACACUCAGAUGAAAAUGACCGUACUAGUUAAACUGCCAUUAUCACUGCUACCAUAACAGUGUACAAUUAACUCAGUCCUACAUGUACUACUCCAUGUGUUGGAUAAGAUAAAGGAUUUAAGAAAAUUGCUUUUUUUAUAAACAGAUGCUUCAACGGCCUUUUUGAAGUGGAGUCAAAGUCAGCUUUGCUCAUUCUACAACAGUACCGCGAGCCAGUUAAUGAUUACUCCUUGGGACCGGGAUAACACCAUGGACAUUGAUGAGGUGUAUGUACAAUUAACACUGCUGAGAGAUAACAGAAAACUUGCUGGAACAAGUAAAGAAAAGCUUAAAGAUUAUAGCGAGAUAUUUGCAAGCCAUGGUCAUCACCUAAUUCCUAAGAGAAUUUUAGUUUACGAGAGACCAGGAAUAGGAAAGUCGACGUUCACUAAGAAACUCGCCGUGGACUGGUCACGUGGUAACAAAGAAAGCCUAGAGAAAUUUGCUGUUGUACUUUUAAUCAAGCUCCGAGAUGUUUGCAACAGGCAAGAUUUCUGUGACAUGCUACAAAAGGCCGAACUGUUGUCUGCUGAUGACCCUAUGGUGUUUGGCCAGUUGUAUGAUUACAUCCUUCGUAACCAGCAGAAAGUCCUACUUAUUUUAGACGGCUAUGAUGAAUACAGCGCCGAAAAAUCAUCGCCAAUUCAUCAGAUUUGGAAAGGCAGUCUGUUGAGAGAUUGUACUCUUCUUGUGACAACACGACCGCUGAAAAACGAUGAGUUAAGACCAGGAAGUCAUGCUCAGUUUGAAAUUUGUGGGUUUGAUCGGUGGCAAGUUGAAAGGUUUGCACUUAGGUUUCUUCGCGACCAAACAGAAGUAGACGAGUUUGUAUAUUUUUUGUAUGAACGGGACCUGUGGGACUUGGCGGAAAUACCACUCCUCCUGUUAAUGUUGAUUCUAAGCUGCAAUAAAUAUCAAGAACCAUCAACAUCCCGCCGCGCAAAUGUGUAUAAAAGUUUUUGUCAGACGCUGCUUGACCACGUCUCCGCCAAAACCUCAGAUGAGACAUUUAGAAGCAUGGAUGAAUACAAGGAAGACCUCGGAAAGUUGGGAGAACUUGCAUGGGACGCACUUUUAAAUGGCCGUCUAUACUUCAAGCUCAGCAACCUUCCUGAGUACAUUCGGUUGCUCAUUGUAAAGUUUAUCGAUUUUGGCUUUCUACAAACAUCCAAUCUUUCUAACUCUCCUCGUCCUGAGAAACUGGCGUUCUUUCUUCAUAAAUCGGUACAAGAAUUUCUUUCUGCAUUAUUUAUUGUUCGCGAUUUGAAGAAUGCAAAGGAAGUUUUCGACUGUCUGUCGAAAGUCGACUCAUUUGAACCAUUCAAGGAGCUAUUUGAAGUUUUUAAAUUUGUUUCUCAGUUGUCAUCAGAAGCUAGCGUUGUUGUUUUUAGCCAUCUGAAGAUGAUGCGAGAAAAAGAAGGUGUGACAGGUGACAACUUCUGCGGUGAAAACCCUUCUGUUAAGGGGCUCACUAAAGAACAAAAAGAGUUUUACAAUACCAGUCUCGAAUUGUUCCUUUCCUGCCCCGCAUCAGAAAGGCAAGCCGUUUAUCCUUCAUUUCUACAAUGCGUUAAGGGUGUUAUAGUGAUAGAUGUUGGUGAUCACCUGCCUACAGUUGCUAGAGAACAUUGUUUGAGAUCAACAAGUUUCCAUAAGCCAGAUUAUGUAUUUUUCAAAACUAGGUCUGUACGUGAUUUACUACGACAUGAGGGUGAUCAAAUGUUCUCUGUAAUGUGCGAUUUGGACACGGUUGUUCAAACAUGUGAUGGUGAUGCAAAAUUUGUAAAUACGUACUACGAUCUAAAACCUGAUGACUUUGUCGUGAAGAAAGAUGGACAGCAAUUAGUGUUCUAUUUAACUCGCCUUGAUUCAUUGGGACUUAUCGAUGGUCUGAAACACGUUGAACUGCUUACUAGAUCAUUAAUAUCAGUACCAAAGUCCUCUCUUCAAGAGCCUGAUCACGUGUCACAGAAUCAUGAUGUUUGCAGCUCAUUGGAUUUAACUGAGAAAAAAUCUGACCAGACUCUGACACACUCUCUGUCAUAUUUGAGAGAGAUAAAAAUUUCGGAUCCAACAAGUGAACUUCUUAGUAUUCUUUAUAAUCUUCGUCAUUUAACUCGCCUAGCUGAGCUUGUUUUAAGUGGUGUUGGUAUGGGGAAUCAAGAGUGUCAGUUACUUGCCACUGCUUUAAAGUAUGUUAAUCAGUUACGAUUACUUAGGUUAUCAAGUAACCCACUCGGUCACGGGAUAAGUGGGCUUGCCAAACACCUGCGCAAUGUACCUCAUCUGGAAGUGCUGUGGUUAAAUGUUACACAGAUUGGUGAAGAGGAAGUCACAGCUUUAGCCGGUAGUUUGCAGAAUGUGACUCAGCUGAGUAAACUUAACUUAUCAAACAACCCACUCGGUCACGGAAUAAGUGAGCUUGCCAAACAUCUGCACAGUGUACCUCAUCUGAAAGAACUGUACCUGAAUGAUACACAGAUGGGUGAAGAGGAAGUCAUCGCUUUAGCCCAUAGUUUAAAGAAUGUGACUCAGCUGAGUAAACUUCACUUAUCAAACAACCCACUCGGUCACGGGAUAAGUGAGCUGGCCAAACACCUGCACAAUGUACCUCAUCUGAAAGAGUUCUACCUGAUUGAUACACAGAUGGGUGAAGAGGAAGUUACAGUUUUAGCCCAUAGUUUAAAAAAUAUGACUCAGUUGAGUAAACUUUCCUUAUCAUACAACCCACUCGGUCACGGAAUAAGUGAGUUUGCCAAACAUCUUCACUGUGUACCUCAACUGAAAAAGCUGCACCUGUAUGUUACACAGAUGGGUGAAGAGAAAGUCACAGCUUUAGCCCUUGCACUCGUCUACGUACCAGACCUGAAGCUCCUUUCGCUUGACAAAAAUCUGCUAAACCGCGGGGUGACUGAACUAAUCAAGUGCCUCAGAAGUAGUCCUCAGCUUCCUGGUCUCUGCCUCACUAAAGUUCAACUGACGAAGAAAGAAGCCACCGAGCUGUCUUCUUUAGCAAGUGAAAGGAACAUGUACUUGGAGCCAGAUUAUCAUGUAAGU